AUGAAGUUCGGCAAGUACAUCCAGAAGCGCCAGCUUGAUCUACCCGACUAUGCCGCAAGCUUCGUAGACUACAAGGCUCUCAAGAAACUCAUCAAGAAGUUAAGCGCCACACCUGUCCUCUCCCACGCAGGGCCGAGUGAUGGUGUGGAACCGCUGGACGCGCAGGCCGCCCUGCAGGCAAACAAACUACCAUUUUUCUUCCGACUGGACAGGGAGUUGGACAAGGUCAACAAAUUCUACGUCGUGAAAGAAGAAGAGCUCAAGACGCGGUUGCCGACUCUCUUAGCCAAGAAGCAAGCCCUGCAAACAAGAGCAUCAACUUUCAACUCCUCGAAAAAAUACCAGUCGCUCGAGGAAGGUCUCCGUCAAUUUACUGGCGACCUGAACAAGCUGCAGCAGUUUGUUGAGAUCAAUGCCACUGCCUUCUCAAAAAUCCUCAAAAAGUGGGACAAGGCUUCCAAGUCGCGGACCAAGGAGCUUUAUCUGUCUCGAGCCGUCGAGGUACAGCCAGUCUUCAAUCGGGAUGUCAUCAAGGAGCUUUCAGACCAGGCGACUGCGGCCCUGUUGGAACUUGCAGAUUUGGCAGAAAGGCUUCAAACUACCACUCCCAGCAGUAUUGGCCAUUACGACACAUCAGACCAGGAAGAGGACGUGAUAGAUUCCGAAGUCCUUCAUGCUAUCAACGCUGGGGACGUUUCUGCAGUGUCCGCCUGGAUAAGUCGGACGCGUUCGGUUUCAUCUGGUACACACGAGCAUGUCACGAGAGCUUUUUUCAGCGCCAUCGACGAGGCGCCGGAGUCAACUCUUUGCAUGCUGCUUGAGACCGAGCUUGUCGACCUCAAUCAAGUCGACGACAUAAACAACCGUAAUUGUCUUCACAAGGCAGCCAUAGCUGGGCUUCCUAUCGUCUUAAGGACCGCUCUGUCCAGAAGUGUCGACCCGAGAGUUCCAGACAUUUAUGGGCGGAUACCUCUCCACUAUACGUGCAUGUACGGUCGACCCAACAUGAUCGAAGAGUUGGUCUCUGCGGCGCCUGAAACAGUUGAUCUGAAGGAUUUGAAUGGCUUCACGCCUUUGCUGCAUGCUAUUCAAAGUCGGAACGUGGAUGCCUCUACCGCAUGCGCGCAAUUUCUCCUAACCUACGAGGCCCGCAUAGAGCCUGAAAGUCCCACAGACCAUAUCCCCCUGAAUGUUGCCUGCCAGCACGGAUCGGUGCCAAUGGUAAAGCUUCUUCUGCAAGGCCGGCCACAGAUACUAGCGGACGCCGAAGGUCUAUACCCACAACACCUGGUUGCGCGAACAGGAGUCUCGCCACAGCUCCUGUUGACAUUACGAGACUAUGGUGUCGACCUUAACCAGCCGGACAAACUCUACCAAUGGACACCUCUCAUCCAUGCUGCGAGUGAAGGUCACAUCGAGUGUCUCAGAAUCCUGGUGCUGUGCGGCGUCAACGUAGAUGCCGUGGACGAGAAAGGCUUUACCGCCAGGUAUUAUGCAGGUUUAGAAGGCCGGGAAGAAUGCAUGCGCCUACUCGUGUCGGCCGGUCAUGACGUGCACACUGAGGUCUCGCAACCCCUAUUGCAGGGUGUUCAGUCCUCUGCGCCCUCCACCACAUCACCUGCACCCAUGGCUAUGGAAGUGGAUGGCAUACCGGAUCUUUCACUUCCGCCACCAAUUAUACCAGUCAGACGCUACGGACAUAACUUCCUCGACGAGAAGACAUUGGUUGUCAUUAACAUCGGCGGCACAGACGCGAUAUGGUUCUACGACCAGCAGUAUCCCGCAGCACGCCUUGCAAUAUCCCCUAAAUCCUCCGAUCUAAUACCGCGUAACAUAUCGCUGCCUAUUCAAGAUGAAAACAAGGUCAUCUCCUUCGAGAUUGACGAUCUGGACACUUUCGCCCUCGACUUCGAAGUCUUCGCCCCUUUCGGUUCCAAAGCCAAUGCACGAGCGAUGGCAUCAACCGAAAUCUUUAGCGGCAAGCUAAGUCGCUCCGGCUACUGGUGUGCCGAGCUGCAAGACGCCCGCAUGCAGAGCAUUGGCCGGAUUCGCUUCAAGUUCCAGAUCAUCAAACCCUUCCUCGGCACCCCUCUAGAGAUCACGCACUUUGCUACGUACUGGAAAGCCACGAGCCAGAUCGAUGCCCCAAAUACCCUCAUCACCGGAUCCAGCUUGUCAGGGGAGUACAUCAGACUCUUUGUACAGUUCACCAAGGAUGGUGUCCCGGUCCUGUACUCGCAGUGGGAAGUCGAUGACGGCGGUGAAAAGAUACCAGUCAUGGAUCUUACGUAUAGGAGCUUCGCGAGAAUCGGAGCCCGUCACGGUUCAGGGGAGGCGAUACUCGCAGGAGUCUCCAACGCCUUUACUACCACCGAUGCCACGGACGUCAUCCUGCAAGUGAGCCGGAGGUUGGCAUCUGGCUUCGUCCCCUUGAGGGACGCUCUCGCUGUGAUACCGGCUGAGAUGCAUGUUGAGCUGCACGUGCUGUGUCCUGAUGCUUUAGACCUGGAGAAGCUGCAGCUAGAGCAUAGACUCGACGUCAACAAGUUCAUCGAUGCGCUGCUGACCGUCGUCUUCGAUCAUGCGCGCCAGCUCCGGCAGAAGUCUGAUGGCUUCGUUCGGAGCGUGGUGUUUUCGUCGUACAACCCGGAUAUCUGCACCACGCUCAACUGGAAGCAACCGAACUAUCCUGUUCUCUUGUGCAAUGACCUGUUCGCGAGCGCCGCACCGGCGGCGAGUAUGGGCCAGAAUGCUGUGCAGCACAGCGGGCGCACCGUAAUGUCUGUCAAGAAGGCAGACUUCGCGCACGGCCUGAUCCAGUAUAUCAAGACGGCGGGGCUCGUCCUGAUCGUCGACACGGCGGAUACCACGCCCACACGCCCUCCUCCUACAGCGGCUUCCGCUUCGCAAACCUUCUAUGGCGUGCCAGACGGCGUCGACGGCUUCCUCAGAGGCAAUGGCGUUCUGAAAUUCAAUGAUACCAUCGACAUGUAG